UCCCUUUCUCUCUCUCCCCCACCCCAAAAAAGAAAACCAAGAAACGAACGAAGCGAGAGACUUCUCUCCCCCCCCUCCCUCUCUCUGCUUCCGCCGGAAAACUCCCCGUUUUCCGAAUUUUCCGGCGGCCAGGAGAGGACGGAGCUGGGCCGUUUCUCGCAUCUGGGUCUUUUCGAGGAACGUGACUGAGGGAAUACAAGAAAGCGGACGAUAAUAUAUGGUGAUGGCCGUCGCCGCAUCGCCGAGGAAGUCUUUCACCGAGAAGCUGUUCAACAGCUUCGGCAGCACCAGCAACUGCGGCGGCAGCAGCGGCCAUCUCCAGAGGAUCAGGGCCGCCCACGAGUAUAAAGACGAUGACGACGAUUUCGUGGAGUGCGACAGCGGAGACGGGAUGGAGCUGGCCCAGAUUGGCGCCGAGAGGACCAAGAACGUGCUGAUCCUCAUGAGCGACACGGGCGGCGGUCACCGGGCAUCGGCUGAGGCCAUCAGGGACGCCUUUCAGAUUGAAUUCGGCGACGAAUACAGGAUAUUUGUCAAGGACGUGUGGAAAGAGUACACGGGAUGGCCGCUGAACGACAUGGAGAAUCAGUACAAGUUCAUGGUGAAGCACGUUCAAUUGUGGAAGGUCGCUUUUCACAGCACCUCCCCAAGGUGGAUCCACUCUUUUUAUCUCGCCGCCAUCGCCGCCUACUAUGCCAAGGAAGUGGAGGCAGGUCUGAUGGAGUACAAACCAGACAUUAUCAUCAGUGUCCACCCUCUGAUGCAGCACAUUCCUCUGUGGGUUCUAAAGUGGCAGGGCCUUCACAAGAAAGUGAUUUUUGUGACUGUCAUCACCGAUCUAAACUCGUGCCAUCCCACAUGGUUGGUCAUCAAACUCGGUUGUGAAAUUUCUUUGACCUUUGGUUGUAUUCCCCGAAAUCAAUUUCAACUGACGGAUCUAUUGCUCUGUAAUAUCAGGUUUCACCCUGGAGUCAACAGAUGCUAUUGCCCCUCGCAGGCGGUAGCCAAAAGGGCUUUAGAAGAUGGUCUAGAGGACUCGCAGAUUCGCGUUUACGGCUUGCCCAUUCGUCCAUCAUUUGCCCGCGCAGUUCUUUCCAAGGAUGACUUGAGGGAAGAACUUGGAAUGGACCCGGAGUUGCCUGCAGUUUUGCUGAUGGGAGGUGGUGAAGGGAUGGGUCCCGUGAAGAAGACUGCUAUCCAACUUGGUCAAACACUGUUCGAUGAAGUACACGGGAAACCGAUAGGGCAAUUGAUAAUUAUCUGUGGCCGAAACAGAGGUUUAGUCUCUACAUUAGAGUCCAUGGAGUGGAAAAUCCCAGUUAAAGUGAGAGGAUUUGAGACGCAGAUGCAGAAAUGGAUGGGAGCUUGCGACUGCAUAAUAACAAAAGCAGGACCGGGCACAAUUGCAGAGGCAUUGAUCAGAGGACUACCCAUUAUCCUGAAUGACUACAUUCCUGGACAGGAAAAGGGCAACGUCCCCUACGUAGUAGACAAUGGAGCCGGUGUCUUCACCAGGAGUUCUAAAGAAACAGCUAGGAUCGUGGCCGAGUGGUUCAGCACCAAAACAGACGAGCUGAAAAGAAUGUCACAGAACUCACUUAAGCUGGCACAACCCGAGGCCGUUUUCGACAUUGUGAAGGACAUCCACGAGCUCACUUGCCAACGAGGGCCACUUGCCAACAUCCCCUACAUAUUCACAUCUUCAUUCACAAGCCUCAUCUGAGUUGAACUGGCCAACGUGCACAAUUUACGCCGGAAUGCCAAGGAAAAGAACCUGGAACGCCAUGUACAGCUAGGAAAGUCUAAAGGUAGCACCAUUGUUUCUCCUCAGGGCAUUGUGAAACGGAGCGAAUCAACAAAACAAAAGUUCUGCUUUUCAAGUUUUUUAUCUUCAGAAGGGGCUGGGAGGGAUUUGAUUUUUUUCACUUGUAAUAGUAUGAAAGUAGGGUUUCAUAUGAACAUGUAGAUGGAUAUUGUCCUUGUGUCUUGAUGAUUUUGCAAUUCUCUUUUAAUCCUUAAUC